AUGCAGGCAAGUUCCUUCGGCCUUACAGCAGAUGCCGAGGCGGAACUAGCCCCUAAUCACCUGAUAUCGACUUCCCUGAUUGUAGUUCGACGUGGCCGCGUGGAGGGUAUCUACACCACUUGGGCCGAGGCCGAAGUGCAAGUAAAGGGUUUCUCCGGCGCAAAAUACAAGAAGUUUCCGGACCUUCGCUCGGCUCAAGAGUACGUUGCCGCAGACCGCAGUGACCCUCUUCCAUCCGGGACCCUGGUGGGAUAUCAAAGCUCGGCAUUGUUGCAGAAAUGUUCUCGAGUGGUAACUGAUGAUGACCACGACUCAGUCCAAUGAACAGGGACGAGAACAGAGUGGCCAGAGACUAAGGGACAGACUCGCGGAAGGCUAGAAAGUGAAGCGUAAUGCUAAUAGGGAAGAGGGAUUAGAGACUAGUAAAGCAGGGAGAAUGAGUGACUAGGGAGUUCAUGAAGCGUCGCUAGGCUCAAUCCCAAGUACCAUAAUAGGAGCAAGAAUCAGAUGAAGGACGAUACAACCAUAUAUUUCUAACAGGCAUCGCAGAACUUAGCUUCAAGUUCGUGUUGUUGCUCGUGCCACUCGUUCGAGAAGCAGCAAGACCAGUCGAUGACGGACGUGCGUUAUCAGUGA